GCUGAAGCCUUGCAGUUCAUGCACCUUCGUCGUUCUGAAUCUAGAGCAGCCCUGAGCUGUAUACAUAAACACAAGAAACUGGUCUGCUAUGGAGCUGCGCUAUAAUCUGCGCUUUCGCACUUCUCCCACUCACGCAACUACGAGACACCAAUGGCACGAUUUUUGGACUUAACCACGAGAACCUCAUGGAGAGAUGACAUUCUCUUGAAGCUUUGCAACGUUAUCAUAUAUGUACUCUUUAUGGGAGCCAAUGCGUACACUGUGCUAUCUCCAAAGGAUAUAUACUACACUAGCAAGGAAACAUAUUUCACUCCUGCUCCUUGGGCUUAUUUUAUCUGGGCACUAAUUCAUCUUCUCCUUCUGGGGACCAUUAUAUACCAAUUUACCAGGCCAGGAAAGCAAAUUAUUAUCGACGGUCUAGGAUGGCGCUUUCCCAUGUUAGGAAUCAUCAAUGCCAUGUACAUCUACUCCUGGACCAUCGGAGAACAUCUAUAUGAGCUUUUCUUCAUUCUGUUUGUCAGUUCCAGUGUCACGUACAUAUACAGUAUAAUCAAGAUGACAGCUUCGCGCAACAUCUCUGAUGAGUUAUUCUUGCACCUUCCCUUUUCGCUUUACCAUGGUUGGUCAACUGUGCUCGUUAUCGUAACUGCAUUCGAAGCAUUCGGUGUCGACGCGAUCGCUGAGCCUGCAGGAAUUUGGACCGCAAGCUUCGUCUUCCUUGGACUAUUCUUCCUGGAAGCUGCAUCUUUUGCUUAUGCCUCCUCCUCCACCGAAGGCGACCUUCCAGGUUGUAUUGCUAUAUCCUGGUCUCUGUGGGCGAUCUUCGCUCACCAGACCGUCGAACGUUCCGAUUUUGUGCACUGGAGCGCACUCGGAUUUGCGAUACUUUCCAUGUUUUGGUUGUUAAGGAGUGCACUUGGAUUAGUAAAGAUGAUAUCAGGAAGACGGUGGUUGAGGGGUGAGGAAAGAACCAGCCUUUUGGGCGGCCGAUGAGCAUGAUUCUGAUAGAGUUCGAACGCGAAUAACCAUACCUUGGUAUUUUGUAGUUGGUAAUAUGAAGUUCCUCACACUGUAUACCUCUCAUGUAUACUUUCUCAAUCUGUAAACCUUGUCGACGCGUGUAUAUAUCAGCACUUUCUUCAUUUUAUGAUGCUCCGUUUGCACAU